AUGGCUGCGCCUGUGGGUGACGAGGCUGAUCUGAUUAAAACCAAUGACGGCUAUAAAGCCCCCGAAAAAAAGACAAUAGAUGAGUUGGUUAAGCUUGAUGCAGAAGAUGAAAGCUUAAAACGUUAUAAGGAAAGUCUUCUCGGUGGAACAAAAAUAUGUAGUCCCUUCCCCAAUGACCCUAGGAAAUUUAUAUUACAGAAGCUAGAAAUUGUUGUCGAAGGUGGGCCUACUCAUGAAAUUGACUUGUCCAGUACGUCACAUCUUACUUUUUCAUUUUUCCAUUUCUGUCUUUUGAAUGGUCUCACCUUAUGUCUCUUUUUAACUGAAUUAAAUGUUCCUAAUUUAGACUUGGACAAACUCAGGGACAACCCAAUUGAAAUGAUCGAGGGCUCCCAGUAUCAUGUCCAGAUCACUUUCUUCAUUCAGCACGACAUUGUCGCAGGUCUUCGGUAUGCACAAAGUUCAACAAAAAAGGUGUUCAGGUCUGUGGAAACGGUAAUGCUGGGGAGUUACGCCCCGCGCGAGUCGCCCUACGUGUGGCGCUCCGAGGACGAGGAGGUGCAGUCUGGUGUCAUGUUCCGCGGCCACUACAACAUCACCAGUGUCUUCACGGACGACGACGACCAAGAGCACCUGAAGUUCAAGUGGGCUAUCAAGAUUGUUAAGCCUUGA